CGCACGAGUUUCACGUGCGCAGGAUGCGCAUGGGCAGCAGUGUUGGUGGCUUGUGGACGUGAAAGGUUAAACUGAAACAAAUCAACUGAAACUAUUGUGUAGCCGAUUCCAGUAGAAUAUGUCAACAUAUAUUGUAGUUUUAUUUCUCCUGUUAGAACUCUCAGAUCUGCAUAGCGCCCCACUGACCAAAGAAUGCCCAGCGGUUGAUCACUGCAAUGGCAAAUUCGUGCUGACUUUGCAACUGCUACAUGAACGAAAACUGAACUGCGGGAAAUAUGCCCGCUAUCUGGCAUGUGUUGAGGACAAGGUGACUGAAUGCCAUGGGGCUGCGACCUCCACUGUCGACCAAAGCAGCUCGACAGAAACAUCCACUGGGCCACCCGCGGACACGGAGUCAACUUCUCCCUCAGGGCCAACUUCUCCCUCAGGGCCAACUUCUGAAUCCCCCACCCAGUCCUCACCAGAUACGACUGAGCAUACCCACCCUGAUAGUAACGAGGAACAACUGGUGAAGAUGAAGGCAGCCCGUGCAAGUCUGUGUUCAAAGGAGGAGCCUGGUGUUAUAACCAUUCCGGCCAACUACAGCAAUCUCUUCGACCAGUUUUAUAACAAGAAGGAACGUUAUGCGAGCUUCGAGUACUACCCGUAUCUCCGCCAGAACCUGAGUAUGCAGACAGGGUGUGGCGGACUGGCGAACUGUUCGCUGGCUCUCAAACCCUAUGCCCAGUUUUCUGAGACCUACUUCCCAUGUCCAGCGCUUCUGGAGUUUGAAGAUUGUUUUGAGCUGAAUAAAGGCGACUGUCCUGAGUUAAGAAACCUGACCUCUCUUCCAUCAUCUGUAAACAUCAUUGAUAAGGAGUGCGAAGUCGGUACCAGUUCAACGCUGACGACGCCUCUCACUUUACUUCUAGUCUCCCUGUGGUCCGCCAGUGUCCUGUGAGUUGUCGGGACAUCCAUCAACGAUGACCGGUAGUCCCGGCAGCUGUAUGUGCAAUAUUUACAUACCUGAAUUGCAUUAAAUAGAUUAAACAAGACAAA